CCAACAUGUGUCGUUGAUGCAUCCUGGUGAGAGCCAACAUGUCAGAUGCGUCCUUACGUCACGUGGACGUGUGUGUGGACAUGGAGGGAUGGCUGGAGCGGACGAGACAUCUGACAGGACCCUACAAACGGAGGUGGUUCGUCUUGGCUGGCAAUCUACUCUACCAGUACAAGACUCGGACUGUCCCCAAAGACGUCUGGUGUCGCUUCCGCAGACGUUCGGGCUUAUCACUAGUAGGCGCUGUGAUCACCAAGGGAGGCAUCAAUUCUCUCGUAAUUCAGAAAGACAAAGAUAAGAUUUUUCUUCGGGUUAGCUCUGAGUCGGAGCGAAAAGCGUGGUUCUCGGCUCUGAAACACGCCAGUGGCCCACGGUACGACGGUUCAUCACAGUUUUCCGUCCCGACAAGCCCUGAGCUACAGAACAGCUUGAGUCAGCAAUACAUGGACAGUGUUCUCCUUGCCCUAGUCGCCUCGAAUGAUGAGUUGGAACGUCACAACCAAAUCUACAAGCGACGCGAAGCGGAACUGCAAGAAUACCUCGACCGUAAAGAAGAGGGAAUAAACUAUGAAGUGUUGGAGAGAAAACUGAAAGUCUUCGACCUGUCGGCUAAGGUGGUGGUGCAAUCUAGUCUGAACCUUUUGAAGAUGGCCAGGAAACAUAAGAAGACCUUUGAGGCUUUUGUGAUGGCGUCAGGACAGGGGGGUGGGGAGGACGCACAGAAUGUUCCCGACAGGAGCACGGGGAGUGUGCCGAUCUCCCCCGCUGGGAGUAUCCCCUCUGUAUACGUAUCGUCAUAUGACAUGUUCAGCAGGAGAAACAGUAGCUUUGUUUGGAGCCAAGAAACAGGAUUCGUCGAGAUCUUUGACGAUAAGGACAACAAGGAUGAAGAUAGCAGUAGUCAGGAUGAGCAAGAUGAGUAUCUUGACGCUGUUUCAACUCAUCAUUGCCGAACAGGAAAUCUCUGUUCAAUACUUUAGCCGUCAGCUUUGAUUCCCCGCGCUCUGGCCCCCUUAAUGGUUCACAAGAGAAUACGCAGGUUCCUGGUUCAACCGAGUACGCAUGUGCAGCGACGGGAGUUGUGUCAAAGGUGAAUGUCCAUGAGACAUAAACAAGUCAUAUCCGGACAUCUGUACAUUUGUUAUGCAUGUCGAGACAAUGGUUGAGAACUGUUAAAAGUUUGGGUCCCUCACCUUUGACAUAUUACCCACAACCCCUAUAUUGAGUCCUGAUUCUGUUUGUUUCUGCAUAUGUACGCAUGUGAUACUAGUAUAUGCUGACAUUAUGUCAGAUUGAUAGCUGUCCCAGUGUCUGUUAUCAUGGUGUUGGAGGCCGCAGUGGACAGAAUAAAGCCAGUAGCCCAGAG